AUGACCCGCAACCUGCGUAAGAGCACCAGCAACCUCUACCUGUUCGCCGUGUACAGUUUGCUUCUGGCUUUGGUGAACGUGCUGGCAGACAAGCUGGCUAGGCUGAAGGUGUGGCCGCUUUUGGCACUCUGGCACUUCUUCAAUCUGUUGAAUCUGCUCGGCGGCAGUGCAAGCCUUCUGCAGCCGUACAGGUCUGCUACAGAAGGCUUGAUAUCCACCAUCUUCCAGAUCUCUGGGCAGUUUGGCGGCGAAUGCCCGCAGGGCUCGUACAAGGUGGACUGGUGCGAUGAUGCCUGGAUAUCCUUCCAGAUGAUUGCAGCCUUCAUCUUCCUGGUGCUCCACAUCGCUGCUUUUUUCAUCGUGGUCUUCCGCUGUGCGCCACUCCUCGGUUCCCCACCAUCACAGGAGGAGCCGCCGCCUUCGCUUGUCGACAGUAGCGAGGUGGCAAUCAGCACGAACGGAGCACAACCCUUCUGA